UACAUCUCCCAGUGGCAGGCAAUCGAUAAUAUGGAGUCGUUGCUCGCAGCCGGUGCGGGAGGGGUCGUGGCGGCGGCCGUCGGGGGGCUCGUCGCCGUGGCGCAGCCCAAGAACCGCUCCAACGCGCCUCCUGCUAUCCCUGGCUUACCCAUUAUUGGAAAUCUGCAUCAAUUGAAUGAAACGAAGCCUCAUCACACCUUUGCAAAAUGGUCCAAAACUUAUGGGCCAAUCUACACUAUAAAGACCGGAGUUUUUUCGGUAGUUGUGCUCAAUUCAACUGAAGUAGCCAAGGAGGCGAUGGUUGAAAAAUUCUCAUCCAUAUCUACUCGAAAUUGGCCUAAAGCCAUGUCGGUGCUAACUGAUAACCGUAUUGUUGCUGCCAGCGACUAUAAUGACUUCCAGAAAAUGGCGAAACGUAACAUUAUGAUGGGCAUGUUGGGUUUUAAUGCACAGAAACAGUUUCGUGAUACAAGAGAGAAGAUGAUCAGUAGCGUGAUAAGAACAUUGCAUAAAUUGGUUACUGAUGACCCACAUUCCCCUCUGAACUUCAGAGAAGUUUACAUUACUGAGCUAUUCGGAUUGUCCUUGACCCAGAGUCUAGGUGAGGAUGUGAGUUCAGUGUACGUGGAAGAGUUUGGGAGGGACGUACCCAAGGACGAACUCUUCCACGUCCUUGUGCAUGACAUGAUGAUGUGUGCAGUCAUGGCAGACUGGAGGGAGUACUUCCCCUACCUCAGCUGGCUUCCAAACAAGAGCUUCGAAACGACACUGUUUACAGCACAGGCAAGACGAGACGCCGUGAUGCACGCAUUGAUCAAGAGGCAGAAGGAGAGAAUUGCACGCGGAGAGGCAAGGAUAUGCUACAUGGAUUUCUUGCUGGAAAAGAACAGCACACUGCUGACAGAUGACCACCAGCUGAUGCUGUUUCUGUGGGAGUCCAUCCUUGCUUCUGCGGACACUGUCCUGGUGACAACAGAAUGGGUUUUGUAUGAGAUUGCCAAGAACCCAGACAAACAGGAGCGGCUUCACCAAGAGAUCCAAGAGGUCUGCGGCGGCCGGGCCGUCGCCGAGGACGACCUGCCGCGGCUGCCGUACCUCAACGCCGUCCUCCACGAGACGCUGCGGCUCCACUCCCCGGUGCCGGUGCUGCCCCCGAGGUUCGUCCACGACGACACCACGCUCGCCGGCUACGACGUCCCCGCGGGCACCCGGAUGAUGAUCAACGUGUACGCCUGCCACAUGGACGGCGGGGCGUGGGACUCGCCGGAGGAGUGGCUCCCGGAGAGGUUCCUCGGCGAGGGCUUCGAGGUGGCGGACAGGUACAAGACGCUGGCGUUCGGCGCCGGGAAGCGGACCUGCGCGGGGAGCCUGCAGGCGGCGACCAUCGUGUCCGUCGCCGCCGCGCGCUUCGUGCAGGAGUUCCGGUGGGCGCUGCGGGAGGGCGACGGCGGCAAGGAGGACACGAUGCAGUUCACCGCCCUGAAGCUUGAGCCGCUGCACGUCCGCCUCGAGCCCAGAGGAAGGGUGUGAUCUCGAGCUGCUAGCUGCAUGGAACGUUCAGUGAUGAUCCAUACUAGCAAUAACCACGCUGUACGUAACACCCAAAAACUACUCAGAAGUUUGUAUUUUGUUUCUGUUUGUAUUUAUAAUUUGAGAUAAUUUCGUUUCGUUUUCGACUUUGCUAUGUCAAAAUGGAGUUAUCGAUAAAUAAAA